UUAGUCAAAUUGAGAGUGAUACGGUUGUGUUAGUGACGUGAUUGGGGUGCCAAAGGAAAAGCCAGAGUAGUCAUGCAGGACUCUGUUGAGGGCUUAGAUGGGAGAGCAGGGGUUGAAGAAGGUGAGGAGAGCCAACGGAGGCCUCAAGCUCCCGAUGCCCAGGCUAGCUCUCAAAAUUCAGCUACUGAAGGUGACCAUAGCAACUUCCCUCAGAGUUGCCCACAAGAUUCUGGAAGGCCAGCUGCUCCUGGGCCCCCGGCUGCUCCUGGAAGUCAGGCUGCUCCAGGAAGUCCCAGCCCAGGGAGUGCUGUAGGGUCUGGAGCAGCAGCUGAAGAGGCAGCCGUCUUCAUUCCCCACAGCGAGCAGGUGCCACUUGUCCCUGGACCCAGUGGAGAUACUGCAUCAACAACUGGAAAUCGACUCCUGGAGUUCUCUGUAACAGUGCCUUUCCGGACUGCUGUUGAGGCAGACAUGGCCCGCAGGUCCCUGGUCGCAAAUGCCCGUCGCCAGCAAGUGAUGGUUCAGCAGGAGUUCACAGUGAAUGACAGUAUCCUGGCUGUUAGGUGGACUACUGAAGACCCUGUCCUCUUCCGAAUUUCCAUCAACUCUUUUCUUGACCAGCUCUCCCUGGUGAUGAGAAACAUUCAGCGCCUGGAGUUUGUGGCUGUUGUCAAACGGGGACGAGGAAGAAGUCGUGAAUCCUAACUUGUUACCAGACACAAGAAAAGUCAGAAGGGUUUCCUGUUUUGAGUAAUUGUAAUUUUGAACUUAAACUUCAGCGCUUCAAUGCUGUAUGCUCCAUAUCAGUCAGUCUCUUAGUUGCAUUGUUUCUCAGUUGCUGAAGGAAUGGGUGUUUAAAUGUGAUUGAACAAAAUAAAAAAUAA